AGGGUGAUCCUGCAUGUCAUCCCGUUUAUGAACCGAAAUGGAUUUCCCGCUGAAAAUAUAAGCCCCAAGAACCUCUGAGCUCGCAUCAGUCUUCUCCCUUCUGCUCGUACUUAUUCGGUUCUCUGGUUUCUUCGCAGUGAUCAGCGAAUUCACGAAUUCAAAAGACGUAAGCAGGCGCAAGCAUUGAAAGCUCUGAAAGUUCAAUCGAUUAACCGGAAAGCGAAGCGAAGGAAAAUUGGAAAUGAAGUCACCUUCAAUGUUUCAAUCUAGAAGAGAUUGAAUUUUAGUUGAAGUUUAGGGCUCUCGCAAUCUGAAUCUCCUGGAACUACUGGAAAAAGUUCAAAUGAAGUUAAAGAUCAAUAAAGCCUGCGAUCUGAAUUCCAUUUCUGUCCUUCCUCCUCAUUCCAGGAGACCAAAUGCUGCUCCAACUGGGGCGGAUUCCUCGGUUUUUGGUAAAAUCCAAGCCUCUCAGCUUCGAUCGCAGCAGUCGCAGCAAUCGUUUUCCCAAGGGGUUUCUUCUCAGCUCGGAAUGUCGUCACAACUCUCACAGAAUUCUCUUGAUGAAAAUGUGGCUAAUGAGCAAAAAUAUGGCCCCCAAGAAAGAGAGAACUCAGUGAAGAGAAUUUCAUCCUUGGUACCUGCUACUCAUACAAGAGAGGACACUCCGAUGCCUUUUUCAAGAUCUUCCAACAAUCUUAUGCGCAAGUGGAGUUAUGCUUCAGCUAUGGAUCAACGAUGUCAGGUUAGCGAAGAACUUGACAACAGGAUUGGGUUGAUGGAGACUUCAGUAAACAGGUUGGGAAUGAUCCUGGAUUCCAUCCAGAGUGACAUCAUGCAAGUAAAUAAAGCAAUAAAAGAAGUGUCACUGGAGAUGCAAGGCAUACGGCAGAAGUUGGUUGCUCAUGAUGACUCCCUGCAGUUAAUGCUCAAGGGGGAGGAAGAUAUCAAAGCUAGCCUUGAUGUUGGCUUGAAAUCUAUUCAUGAUCAACUGAAAAUUGAUUCUAAGUGGUACAAGCUAGAGGAUGGAAUCUCUGUACUUUCUGCUUUACCAGAUCAAAUUGGAACACACUUCCUGAAGUUACAACGUGAACUUUGUGGAGCCUUCACCAAAGAAAUUGAUGCAAUGGUGAAUUUUAUGAAGCUUCCCAACCAUAGCCAUUCAGUAUGCACCAUUUUGCCAGCAAAGAGAGGACGCCAUGCUAAUCAAUCUCGUAAAGAGCAACCACCUUCCAUUAAGAAGAGACAAUGCCAUGCUGAUCAAUCUUUCAAAGAGAAACUUCCUUCUAUGAGAAAAUUAGUUGUGCCUCCAAAAGUUGACUUGAAAGCAGAAUUGAUUCCAAAUAUUGAAAUUGGAAGAUUGAAAUCAUUGAAACCAGAAAGAGCCACUUGCACCAAUAGAAAGUGUGGUACAGAGCACAAACAGGAAGAGAUGCCUAUUGCAGAACUGGAAAGAGAACAGAGAGUACUCAUUGAGUCAGAUGAGGACAUUGAUAGGGGUUUCUCCUUCUUGCUUAAAGGAAAAGAAUCUGGAAAGAGUCGAAAUGACAAUCAGUAUAUGCUGAAGGGCCUGCUUCGCCAUAGCCUAUUUGAACAUACUUCAAUCCAGUAUUUGGUGCCUCUGCAAAAUGGCAGAGGCGCAUGUGCUUCCUUUAGAUAGAUAGUAAAGCAGAUGUGCUUCUGAGGCAUUCUUGAGUCAAAAAGUUGCCUUAUUGGUGACUCAUUAUGAUGCAACAUUAGAUCAUGUAUACAUCUCAGUUUACCCGCCAAAUAAAAACAAUUGAUUUUCUUCUUUUGGUCUAAAUCUAGAUCGCAUAUAGAAAGGAAUGAAGGAUGGACAUUUGGCAAUUUCUCUUAGGAGAGCACUGAGAAUCAAAUGUAGACCCAGGUUUAUCAGCAACCUUGGUCACCUUUGAGCUCUAGUCUUUAAAUUUAAAUUUUCUUUGUCAAGAACUUUGCUAAAACGAGGUUGUGAUCCGUUGCAGGAGGCAUCCUUAAUGGCGUAAUGAGAGUGGUUUGCACCCAUUCUAUGGGCUGGGCCAAUGAUAUUUAGGGUUGUUAAAUAAAUGGG